AUGGCUCGUGGAGAUCGUCAUCACUUGAAAAGACUUAAUGCACCACACCACUGGAUGUUGUCCAAGUUGGGAGGCACAUUUGCACCAAAACCAUCUGGAGGACCUCACGGGAUGAAGGAGUGCCUUCCAUUGAUCUUGAUCAUGAGAAACAGAUUGCACUAUGCUUUGAAUGCAAGAGAAGUCCAAAUGAUCUUGAAGAACAGAAACGUGAAAAUUGACGGGAAGGUGAGAACUGACUCAAGAUUCCCUGUUGGAUUCAUGGACGUCUUGUCUAUCCCAAGAACCAAAGAGUACUUCAGACUUCUCUACAACACCAAGAGAAGAUUCUGCCUUGUCCCAUUGUCUAAAGAACAAUCCACCAUCAAGUUGUGCAAAGUCGAGAAGAGAACUCUCGGCACUUUUGGUAUCCCAUACAUCAUCACACACGACGGAAGAACCAUUAGAUACCCACACCCAGAAAUUCAAGCCAAUGAUACCAUCAAGCUUGAUUUGGUCAACAACAAGAUCGUCGAUUUCGUCAAGUUCGACGUCGGAAACACAGCCAUGUUGAUUGGAGGAAACUCUAUGGGAAGAAUCGGUGUCGUCGUCAAGAGAGAAGUCCACCCAGGAAGCUUUGAAAUUGUCCACAUUAAGGACGCCAAUGGUACCAUCUUCACCACUAGACUUGCUAACGUCUUCAUCAUUGGUAAAGGAACUGAGACGUUGGUCAACUUACCACUCGACCAAGGAAUUAAGAAGCCUUUGAUCAAGGCCGUCAAUGAGAGAAUUAGAAAGCUCAAAUUGGCCAAACUCGGAAAGUUCAACAAAUCCACUAAAGAACCAAAACAACUCAACCAGAACAAGCCAGUCGCUAAAAAGGAAGAGAAGGCUGAAGUCGAAGGUGAGAAGAAGGAAACUACUCAGCACAAGUUCAAGAGAACUGCUCCAGUCCCAAAGAAGGGCGCUAAGGGAAAGAAGGUCGCAGGCAGAAAGGUCGCUAAGAAGUAA